CAAAUAUUAAGUGAACUUGCCAUUCAUAUAUCCUAUCGUACCGAUCUGAGAUUUUCCAUUAUGGUUUCUUCUUUAGUUUCUCGACGAUGAUCCCAGAAACAGUUGCAUUGAUUAAGGCGGCUUGUAAGCAUUGUCUCGUCGACGAUCGAUCUAUUGAUUCAAUGUUACUUUCGUACCAGUGCUAAGAGGUGUUCGUGUUGCCACUGCUAAGCGUACACUAAUCGGAUUUAGAUAUUUUUGUAGGAACAACUCCUGAAUAUUGAUGAAGCAGAAAGGAUGGCGGAAGCAAUCGAGCUUGCAGCCGAAGGCUGGGUCGGAGCCCUACAUGAAUUGCUUGAGUGGGGCGUCUUUUCGGAGAAGGAAGUCGCAAAGAUCGUGAAUACUCGCAAAGAUCACGAGUACAAGAUGGCGUCGCUCAUUCGACAAGGCAAGAAAAAGCGAACGCCUGCAUUUGGCUUGGGUACUACAAUUACUACUACUUCAACGACUGGUUCAUCAGCAUCCUCGUCCACUGCAUCUGCCGGUGCGGCUGGUAACGCUGACACGUCAGCCGCGGUUGAGGGUGGAGCGGCCGUGAAGUCUUCACAAGCAUCCAUGUUAGAUGCUUACGGACGUGCGUGCUUGACUGCCAUUCAGUACGAAAUCGCGCUGGACCUCCUGCGACAAGAGCGCAUGACGGAGCUCCAACUCCCGGUGCAAAAGACGACGGAGAGCAGCCUCAGUGGGAUGCGUCGCAUUACUGUGCUGUUUCGUCGCUUGUGCAACCGCACCCCGGCUGACAUAAAAGCGUGGUUGCAGUUCGCGGACUUCUUGCUACGAAGCGGACAGACGAAACAGCUGAAGGAGGUUGUGUUCCAGGCGCUGCGACACCACAGCCGUAACACUCAACUAUGGCUCCUAGCCGCCCGGCGGGAAGCCGAGGAGGGCAACCGACAUGCUACCCGAAACCUCUUUUUGCGCAGUCUGCGUUUUCUCCCAGCCGACCUGGGCGUGCUGCGCGAGUACUUCAAGUGGGAACUCAAGGGAGCGCGCAGUUUGAUUGAGCGCAGUCUCGUCACCGAGCUGCGACCAGGUGGAAGUGCGUCGAACUGCGCAUAUACGACAGAAGACUUUGCGAAUGCCGCAAGACUGCUGUUGCCAACGAGUGCUGUCUUGCGCGGUGGUAUUCGCCGCAAUCGCGCGCUCGCAGCGGCCGCGAUUCCAUUCUUAGAAGCCUGCGGUGAGCUCAUUUGUAUUCCUGCAGCGAAGAACGUCUUUGCCGAAAUCACUACGGAGGAUCAGGCAUCUUUCGAUCGUUCACAGAAUGAUACUGGCUCGACAAAGUCAGCUGCGCAGAACUUUGUCGACCGAUGGAUGGAGUGGGAACGAGAAUACGAUACUGCCCUAGGAGGGGCUAAGCCUGCUACAGCCGCCUCCUCUAGACAAAAAGACCUUACUUCUGAUGCAACGACGGAACCCGAAACUCCAUCCUGCUACUUCCCGACCGACGAGGCAGGCCCAGACGAGAAGGCACAACUUGCGAGCACGGAAACUGAUCAACAAAAACUGAUGGGCGAAGAUGACGUUACUGAUAAUGACGACGAAGAAGAGGAUUCAGAUGAGGAAGAGGAAACAGAGGACGAUGAUAGUGAAGACGAUGAAGACAUCCAGUUGCGGCCAAUCCAAUUUGGGUCUACAAAUGAAUCCAUAGCGGACAAAAAGAAAUCUUUCUAUGAAUCAAAGGCUGACAAAAAAGAAGGGUCAAACGCGUCUGACGACGAAGAGGGUGAGAUUUCUGACGAGGAGGAGGAGGAAGACUCUGUUGACGAAGGCAGCGACUUGGCAGAUGAAAAUGAAGGCGGUCUAAGCAACUCCGUGGAAUCUAAACGACGCAAGGUAGAAGUACCAUGAAGACACCUUCAAGGCCUUCGAGUUCGACGUCAAAGAUUGAAUUUCGUUUUUCUUAUUCACACACUAAUGCAUCCCGAAGAACCAGACCGCUUUCGUUUUUUGUACUAGCGAUUCACAAUUGACUAUCGAUCCCAAAACGAUCCGAUAAAUCAGUCUGACCCUUGUAGUAGCGUGUUCCCCGAUGGCAUUUAACGGCGAU